AUGGGAGGUCACCAAGUGCGCAAAUACUGCGCAACAUGCCAGGCUGACGUGGAAGCUGAGGUGGACCGAUCACAAGGCCUAGUUGUCUGUACAGAAUGCGCAACCGUUCUCGAAGACCAAUACAUAGACGACACGCAGGACGUAAGAAUCUUCGAAGACAACCAGGAUGCCCAGCGUGUCGAGCCAGCAAGCGGGUCCCACAACCCCUUCAGCGAAGUAACCAAUCCGAAAGAGACAGCUCACCUCGAAGAAAUCGCCCGAAUAGCAUCAGCGGUGGGGCCCUCCUGCACAGCACCUGUAAUAACACAAGCGCAAAGUAUUUUCACGGCGUUAUUAAGAAGCCGGCCGGCGGCUCUCAGAGGAAAAUACGGCGUCCACCUCAGCGCGAUCUACGUGGCAUGCCUUUACAUUUCAGGGAGACAGCUCAACAAGCUCGUAACAAUGGCGGAAUUCACUUCAAAGUUUUCCGAUCUGCGACAGUCCGACGUAAAUAAAGCGUGGAAAUUUCUCAGACAGAAGAUCCCUAAGGCCUGCGGCGUUUUUCUUCCGGACGAUCCUCCGCCGGAAAAAAUUGACAUGAAUAAAUUUAUAGAUCCGCAUGUUAGGGCUUCUGUUACGCGCCUGUGUAAAGCUCUGAGAUUUGAUCACAGGCAGCGCAGAUGUGCAGAGGAAAUGAGUAAUGAUAUGGUGAAAAAUCUUCAUAUAAGGAAGAAGCCUGCUUCUAUUGCGGCCGCCGUCGCCUGGAUCUGUUCUCUGUUAUUUGUCAGGAAUUCAAAUGAUGAUGUGGAGCUUAUUGUGAAGAAUUCUGUCGGCAGGGGUACUCUGCGUCAGACUUAUAAGCUUUUGCUGCCUCAUCUUCCUCGGUUUGUUAACAGAGAUAUGUUUGGAGAUCCUCAUGUUUGGCAGAAAUUGAUGAAAACGCCAUGA